CUGCAACCGAAAGUUGUCUGUUUCUUUUUCUUUUGCUAUAACCCUAAAACGAGAAAGAAGAAAGACCUUUUAUUUAUUUUCUGCAGUGGGAAGAGCUAAAGAUCUGCAGAUAUGGCGGACGAAGCAACCCGAACUGCAUUUCUAGAGAUUCAAGCAAGCAUGAUCGAUCUCACCGGCAAGCUCAAGCAGGUGCAGACACAGAUGCGGAACAAAGAGGGAGAUAGAAAACGUGCUUACUUAACCUUGGAGGAGCUACGCCCUUUGCCUGAAGAUACUAACACUUUCAAGUCUAUAGGAAGAACGUUUCUUCUAGAGCCCAAGAGUGUACUAGAGGCUGAACAAGAGCAGAAGUUCAAGGAUAGCGAGGCUACAAUUGCUUCUCUUCAGACAUCGAAGGAGAACUUGGAGAAGAAGAUUGCAGAGGUGGAGAACAGCUUGAGGGAGCUGUUGCAGCAAGAACCUGGCAUCGCUCGACAGAUUAUGUCCAUGUCUAUGUAAUACUCUUCUGUUUUUGUUGUUUCAAUUUUCCCCGACCUUGAACAAAUGCACACAACAAAUCUUAGUUUGGUUCUGCUUUUAUCAGAGCGAUUGGUCUUUUUUGAAGUU